GAUCAACCUCCAGGAUGUCUGAACCAGCGCCUAAGAAAUUCAAGUCAGAGAACAUUCCAGACGUCAGCGAACGCUUUAGUGAUAACCUCUUCAAUAGCACUAGCGUUGAGGAGUACAGAAAUGCAUACAAGCAGUCAGAACCAUACAAACAUGCCGUUAUCCCGGAGUUAUUCAAUAAGGAUUUUCUCUUACAAGCUAGAAAAGAAUUACUAAAGCUCAGUUUCAAAGAAAAGGAAACAGAUAUAUACAAGAUAACACAGAGCGGUGAUUUCUCAAAUAUACACCUCCUACCUGAAGAAGAGCGCAAGGAGUUACCUACAUUACUCACACUACGUAAUACGCUCUAUUCUGCCCAAUUUAGACGCUUUUUAAGGGACGUUACUGGCUGUGGACCGCUUUCAGGCGUAAAAACAGAUAUGUCGACCAACAACUACGGUUCCGGAUGUCACCUCUUAAACCACGAUGAUGUUAUAGGAACACGUAGGAUAUCGUUUAUCCUUUAUCUUCCGCUCCCAGAUCCAGCUUGGGAAGCCCACUAUGGUGGUGCACUCGAGUUGUAUCCCCUUAGCACCCCGCUUACAGAUCCAACGACACCGGCACCAAAGCCAACAGUCAGCAUUCCACCUUCCUUUAACCAAUUUGCGUUCUUUGAAGUGCAACCUGGACAUUCUUUCCAUUCUGUCGAGGAGGUCGCCUUUCAUCCGAAAUUACAAUUUAAGACAGUUGACGGGGGUGUCGGUCAGCGUGUAUCGAUAAGUGGCUGGUUCCACCGUCCUGUACCUGAAGAAGAGGAGUAUGAAGGCCCACAACCGGAGCUCACGAAGAGCUCUCUUGAGCAGUUGUAUGCAGCUGCACUCCGUCCACUUGGCUCAUAUGAUGAUGAUGGCCUGAAGAGUGUCGUGGAAAAAUUGGAUGCUUCUGAAGUCACUGAGUUGGAGGAACUUGUCAAUCCAGUCUAUCUCGAUACAAAGACGAUUGGAUUGUUACAGAACAAGUUCUUGGAAGACUCCCACAUUCUCCUCACUGAUUUCCUCAAAGAAGACAUAGCGACAUCGCUCAAGGAACUAGUCAAAAAUCGAGACGACGAGGAUGAAGUAACAAGAGGGAAGCGCGUAUUGAGAAAUGACUAUGGUACGAGCUAUAAGAUACCAGCACACCCAACAGGUGAAGCUGGAGAUUGGAAGCUCGUUGGACCACCGCAUGUACAGAGAUAUGUGUCACUCACCAAGCAAGACACAGAGGGAGACCUUUUCGGGAGAGUGAACAAACUGUUUAGCAGCAAGGCGUUCCGAGCACUCCUGUCUAUUUUAACGAGUUCCGUUCCCGAAGCACACCUUAUAGAAAGCCGAAGAUUCCGACCAGGAUUAGAUUACACGCUUGCACGAGGAGAGAAAAGCAGCUCAGAGACAUCUAGACUAGACAUAGGCUUGAACCUGACGCAAUCUGACGAUAUUUGGAAAUCCGGCACAGUUGGAGGUUGGGAUGUAUGGCUUAGUGGAGAAGAAGACAGCGAUGAAGCAACGUAUGGGGCCGGAGACGACGACGGACCGCUGCUAUCACUCGCGCCGGAGUUCAACCGCCUCCACAUCGUAUUGCGUGAUCCGGGAUUGUUGCACUUUGUGAAAUACGUCAGUACACGAGCGAUGAAUUCCCGCUGGGAUGUUACUGGAGAGUGGAUAACAAGAUUUUUGUAGAGGAAACUAAAAUAUUUUAAUAAGAAACUUAC